CAUUGGUAGUUCGAAGGCACUAGCUUCUGCAACACAUCGGUCAAAGAAACAAACAGAAAACAACAACAACAACAACACGCAACCAUGAUGGACGCCAUUGUGCAACUGAUCCGAAACUUCCUGUGCUGCGUGAAGGACUGGGAGCUCUUCUCCGACACGGCCUUUUACGAUCCGGCCCACACCAACUCCCUCCUCAAGAGCUACCUCGGGGUGGAACUCCCGCAGUACGUCGACAAGACCACCCCCCUCGAGGCGAUCAUCUCGAUCACGCAGCUCUACGCCUGCCUCUCCUGCGCCAGGAGCGGCAUCGCCCUGGCCUGGACGUCCGCCGGGAAGCUGAGGCGCGUCGUCCGGCUGCUGGAGGGCCGCCUGUCGGCCGUCGCGGCCCUCGACCGAAGCUCCCCCAAGACCGAGAUCGCGGCGCACCGCAUCGUCAACGAGAGCCUCGUCAAGGAGGCCAAGGCGGCCGUCCGCAACGUCUUUGUCGGGCUGCUGGUGGCGCCGAUCGGCUUUUCCUUUUUCUGGCUCUUCGCCAACUCGUGGCACGUCACGGAGGCCGGCUGGAUCGGUGGCCUCACGGCGCUCAUCGACGCACUUACGGUGAUGGAGGUCGCGCUCGUUCCCCUGCUCUACUACAUGCUGGUGGACGGCUUUGAGCAGUUCCGCCUGGCCAGGGAAACCAAAGAGUGCAUCGACGUCGUCGCGUCGUCCAAGACAAGCAAGGACUCGUCCUUCGACACGGAAUACCUGAACGUGACCCGGUACGAGUUCAUGGAACCGGGGUGGGUGCCCUUCUACGAGAGCGGGAUCGGUGCCAUGGCCAGACCCAGCGACAAGGAGGAAACCGAACAGAUGGCCGGAGAAACAAAGCGUGUGAAGCAAACCCUGGACCUCUGGUUUGCCGGAUCGGCGUCGUCCAGCGGCAAGGACGACUCGAAGGAAAAGGACGCCAAGAUCCGGGGGGAGGCCAUCGACAAUGCCCUCGCGACCAUGAACAAAUCGCUCUUUGGCCUCUCCGCCAAGGGAUACCGGGAGUUCCUGUACCUGGUGCUGAACUUUGUCGCCUUUUACGGAUACCUGAUGGCGAUCGUCGGCUUUUACUACCCCGACGACGACUUCCAGCCGGGAUGGAUCAAGGGGAUGAAGUUUGGUUACGACAACAACUUUGCCGACUGGUCCGGGAAUUUUGCGGGGGACCUGAUGUGGACGAUCGAGCCGGCGGUCAUCCUGGCGAGCCCGGCCCUGAUUUCCUACCUGCAGCCCACCACGGAGCAAAAGCCGGCGGCAAAAGCCAAAACGGAGUAGAAAGGGUGUGGAACAGAAGCGCAAAAACCAAUCGAACAGAGUGGGCUGCGGCAUUGUGGCACGCGGCGAUUCUCGGACGCAUUAUUCGAUCAGCAAUGGAAAGGAACAAACAAUAUGAAUGUCCUAGCAACACAUUAAUAACUAUUGGGAAGUUAGUUCAUGCUCUGUGAGAAAAUAUCGUCACCAUCUAUAUGUUUGCUACCACUACUAAUAGAAAUAUUUAGGGACU